UCACAGCGCAGUCCAACAAGUCCUGCCUGCUUCAGGACUUAAAGAAGUUCCCCAGCUCUUCAUUGAGGAGCAGGCUGUGAAACAAGCACUGCUGCUGUCUUUUAAGAAGGCAAUGUAUUUAAGACUUCACCCUGGCUCUCCGAGUGCCUCCUAACACAAGAUUGCCGUGUCUCAAGGUCUUAUACUCCGGCAGGAUGCAGUUUUCCUGCUCGCUUGGGGUAGGCUGUUGUCUCCUGUUGUCGAUUUUCUUUAAUCUGGAGGGGGUUCUGUUGGUAUCGGGCAACAACAGGCUCUGCAAAGAGGAGGACCAACUUUUGCCCAGGGGACCAAAUAAACUGUCAGUUCCGAGCGAAUGUAUGUGGAAAUGUACACUCCAGACUUACCAGUGGAUGUACAAUAGAAGAGACAGGGUGACAGUGCGUCUCCACACAGCAGUGACAGGGGAGAGGGGUGAGUACUGCUGGCCUUUGCAGUUGCCAUGUGGGAAAGGGGAGCUCCUCAAGAAGGUCUUUGUGCUGCUGCCUCUCCGAGAUGGGGCCCUGGAUUCGGCUGCCUCUCUGGAACUGCGCCCCACCCCCCCUGCCGAGCCAGAACUCAUGAGCUCUUACUCCGGCCAGGUAGCUCUGAGCCAGGAGUGUGGGUUGCGCUUUGACAUCAGCAAGGUCUUCAAUGCCACUGAGAACACACUGCAGUUUUGUGUGGAGCCCCUCCUGAGCGGCCAUCCAGCCCCCAGCUCCCUCACAGAGGCUCUCGAGUGCCUGCCUUUCCUGGCCACAGUCUGGUUUAGGCGUCGCCCAUUGUAAGGAAACAAGAUGGGAAACUAAGCAAUAAAUACAGGUGCAGCCGCUGUGUGCGGAACUCCAGUCAGCAUCCUCCAAUCUCCGCCACUGCUGUCCGUUCACAAUGGACAAACUGCUGCUUUAAACUGCAGCAUUUCCAAUCACAGACAAUUAAAUUUACAGCUCGUCUUAUUCUACUGGUAUCUGUUUCCCGGUCACCCAGAAAAGAAGGCAAACGCCACAAAAGAGUUGGCGAUUGAAAAUUCGACACACACAUCAAUCUUUGAAGUUGAUAUUUUUAUGAGCUCCUUGACCCUUCGAAACUUGACUCCCUAUGACGAGGGAGUGUAUAGGUGUUGUGUUUACGUGGUCGUACCCUCAGCUAAAGAGUACAGAGGAAAUGGAACUGUGCUUUCAAUUAAAGCGGCUCCAGUAGUGUCCCUCACAGCUGGCACUGUGGAUGAAAGAAGAGGUCUGGUCAACCUGACCUGCAGUGUAAUGGGGUUCUACCCCCAAGAUGUGACUGUGUCCUGGGAGAACACCCCUAUCGGAAUCCCCCCUUCCAUCCAACAGCAUCCCCUCACGCUGAACCAGGAUGGCACGUAUAGCACCAGCUCCAGCCUCCUGGCGAGCCCAGAGACUGACAUGACCUGUGCAGUUAACCAUCCAUCUCUAGCAGAGCCCAUUAGGAAAACCAGUGGGAAAGGAGGUGUUCCCCAACAUUACUACUAUUUUUUAAUAGUGGGACUUAUUGUAUUUGUGCCUGUGCUGAUCUGGAUACUGAAGAAAACGACGAGAUACUCUGAUUCGAGGAACUUUACAGCAGACAGACACAACCCUGAAGUGGAACAACAAGCAGACAUCAUGUACACCUCAAUCCAACACAGACAACCCACCACGAUGUCCACAUUGCACCCACACACCUUCUCUUCUGAGCCAAACCACCCAAUACUGGAAGAACUCACUCUUUACUCCACAGUGAUGUCCAGCAGCACAGACAGUGUCAGGGAGUAAAGACUGCAGGUUGUGUUUUCCCUAUACAAUCCAUAAGCUCUUCAACCACAGAAUCAUCUUUUAAUUAAUCAGAGCCUUCACAUUAUUAGUGAUCGUUCCUGGUGUUUAACCUUGUUUUUUGAUUCUGGGAUCUCCCUAUUGGUGGUUGGAUAAGAUACAAAUUAUUAUUCUUAUUAUUAAUGUAACGAUCCUGGCUGGGGAGGGGACAGAAUCAGGAUAGUGUAGGGCAUGCGUGUGUGUGUG